AUGCAUGAUGAUCCGAUAAUCAUUCUACUUAUUCUUCUGAUUUUGGUUUUCGUAUCACGGAUGUUGGUUCGCGCUUUAUGGCCCCGUUCUGCAGUAUUGACGUCUCGCAUUUUCACUACUUUUGUUGUUCUUUCUUCAGCGGUUUUGAGUGGAUCGGUGGCACACGCCGCUGAUAACGAACCUAUUAAUAAUGGGGCAGCUCCCGCUGCUUACGGAUCCGGGGCAGAAGGACCCUCAAAUUCCGCCUUAUUCACUUAUACUUCCGAUUUGGCGGAAGAUUCGGUCAGUUCCGGGCGUAGUAGAAGUACCGCCUCGUCCUCCUUUCAAGAAAGCACGGGGGAAAUGGACGCGCUGAUGGCAUCAACGACUCCUUCCGCGCCGCGGACACCCUCCGGGGGGGAACCUUCGGUCAAUCAACCGCUUCCAGGGGAGCAAGCUAUGCCUCCCGCUCUUCCCGUUAUGCAGGAAGCUGCUAAUCGGGCUCUGCCCUACGCGCCCUACCCGUAUCCAGUUGACGAGAUAAUAGGAGGGGAUUGCGUGCAAUCCAUUCAAAGGAGAAUUUUGGGAGCUAAUUUGAAUCCUUCCGCCCAUGACAUGCAAAUGUCCCGGAUUCAAGCGGAGGAUCUAUUUGAACUGAAAGUUCAAAUCAUAAGAAAGAUGGCGACCCUGCAUCCAAGUGGCGAUUGGAUGGGAUGGGGCGCGCGGGCCUUGGACAACCCCCGUACGGCCACUGGCGAGGAAGACUUGGCUAAGUUGCACAAAAUGCUCGACGACCUACAGAGCCGGAAUGAGCAAUCCGCUACCUUCUGGCGCUUGGUCGAAAGAGUCCGCUUACGGGCGGAUGAGGAUCAAAACUCCGCUUCCUAG